UAUAUUUAUCAUGAAAAAACAAUGAGAAAACAUUUGAUAAUAUAUAUCAUCGAUUUAAAAAGAAUUUAUUUCUUUUUCAUAAUCGAGCACGAUGAAAAUAAGCUCAUCUGAAAUUCUAUGAAAUAUGAUAAUUGUCGUCGACUUUUUCUAAAAGCUUGUCAAACAAUGAAAAUAAUUCGAUAAAUAAUAACCAUUUUAAAGCCUGUCUACGGCGAAGACUUGUUUUUCUUUCUAGAGCACACUUUUUAUAGAGGAUAUUAGAGAAAAAUGACGAUAAUUCCCUAUAGUGUCAAUCUUUAUUUUUAGACGUAGAACCCAUUGAAAUUUAAUUUAAGAAAGUGUUUUGAAUGAAAAUUUUCAAUAAAUAAGAUUAUCUUCUGAUAUUCAAUUCGUUUAAUUGAUUUUAUCAAUAUUCAAUGAAUAUCUUUUUUUUUCCCAAAAAUUUUCAAAAUCAAAUUAACAAAAAAAAAACGAAGGAAAAUAUCUUGUCAAAGAUUUUUAUUUUUAUUCAAACAAAAUAUUAUUAUAGAAUAAACCAAAGACAUUUUAUUUGUCUUAGUUAACUAAUUAAAAUAAAUCUUUAUUAAUAUAAUAUCAAUUUAAUUCUUGAAAUAUUUCGUUUAAAAAAAAAUUUUUUUUUUUUUUCUAAAAAGUUGAAUAGAAUUUUAGAAAACAAAAAUUUUUUAAUUUAUCAUUUGAAUUAACUUUCAUAAUGAAAAUAAAUCAUAGGAAUUAAUAGGAUAAAAAGAAAAAAACAGACGAUGUUGUUGUUUAGAAUAAAUUGACAAUAAAUCGAAGUAAAUCAGAUGGAAUUGUUGAAAAUAAUGAUAAAAAACAUAUUAAAUUAAGUCCAUAUACUAAAUUGUAUGAAUAUGUCUUAUCACAUCUUGAUCAUAUUUGUUAUCGUUUAUAUGGAUCUCAAUCAAAUAAAUUUGAAAGAAUCAUUUGGAAUUUAUUUGAAAAUUAUACUCAAUUAUUAUUUCGUUCACGAUUAAUUCCAGUGCAUAAAUCAAUGCCAAAUUCGAAAUUAAAAACAGUUCGAAAUAAAAAUUUAAAAGAAAAUCAAUUAAUUGAUCUUCCUUAUAGUAAUAAAAUAUUUGAAAAUAUUAAAUCAGGACAUGUUAACGUAAAUAGAUCUUCAAUUAAUUAUUCAUUAAAUAAAAUUCAAACAAAUUCAACAUCGAAUGUUUUAUCAUCAUCGAUUCAAGUAGCAAGAGGAGAUCAAGGAAAUGUUAUUUGCCGUUUUAUUCAUACAUAUUUUGUACCUUUAUUACCAUCUAUACAUUGUCCACAUGUUGGUCCAACUGGAGGAGCAUGUGCUGAUAAAACAAUCGACUUUUAUUAUAAUCAAACAAAUUUUCUGGCUUGUGGUCAUAAACAAUAA